UGAAAUCCCACUCAGCAGCUCUGUUGUUGCCAUAUGGUCUUUUUUCCUUCUGAAUGCUGGAGGAGAAACGUCUCUGCUGUCACUGCUGCAGCGGUGACAGCAGAGAGCGAUGAGCAUCAGCAUCGAGCCGAGGCACAGCUGUAAUAAGGAGAGGGUGGGGGUGCAGUUCUAGAAGAUUCUGCAGGAAUCAUACGAGUGGACCCCAUUUCACUGGUUUAUUGUGGGAACUGUAUUACUAAGCUAGGUGGUUAGCCUUCCCUGCCAAAGCCACAACCUGCACACAGUGGUGGGGACUAAAGGGUUUGGGAUCCAAUGACUGGAACAGACUGAUUCAUCCUCCUCACUGCAGAAAUGUCAAAGAGACCAUCCUAUGCCCCUCCACCUCCCCCUGCCCCUACAACUCAAAUGCCCAACACCACCGGGUUUGUGGGGUACAACCCAUACAGCCAUCUGGCCUACAACAACUACAGACUGGGAGGGAGCCAAAGCAGCAACAGUCGGGUAACGAAUUCCUCUGGAAUAAAUAUCCCAAAGCCACCCAAGCCUCCCGAUAAGCCACUGAUGCCAUAUAUGAGAUACAGUCGCAAGGUUUGGGAUCAAGUAAAAGCCUCCAAUCCUGAUCUGAAGCUAUGGGAAAUUGGGAAGAUAAUCGGUGGCAUGUGGAGGGACCUCACUGAUGAGGAGAAACAGGAUUAUUUGAAUGACUACGAAGCAGAGAAGAUUGAGUAUAAUGAGAGCAUGAAGGCCUAUCACAACUCGCCAGCCUACCUGGCCUAUGUAAAUGCAAAAAGCCGGGCCGAGGCAGCUCUGGAAGAGGAGAGUCGCCAGAGGCAGUCCAGGCUGGACAAGGAUGAGCCUUACAUGAGUAUUCAGCCAGCAGAGGAUCCAGAUGAUUACGACGACGGGUUUUCUAUAAAGCACUUGGCCGCGGCUCGUUUCCAACGAAACCACCGUCUGAUCAGCGAGAUCCUCAGCGAGAGCGUCGUCCCAGACGUGCGAUCCGUCGUCACGACCGCUCGCAUGCAGGUCCUCAAACGGCAGGUCCAGUCCCUGAUGGUUCAUCAGAGAAAACUGGAGGCAGAGUUGCUUCAGAUUGAAGACCGCCAUCAGGACAAGAAGAGAAAAUUCAUCGACGCCACAGAGUCGUUCACAAACGAGCUCAAAAGGUUGUGCUGCAUGAAGGUGGAGGUGGACAUGGAGAAGAUUUCUGCAGAGAUUGCUGCAGCAGAAGAAGCAGCCCGCAAACGGAUGGCAGAACGUGAGAAGGAUGCAGGAGAUCGAGGUGCAAGAGAGGCCCCGACCUGUGUGCUGGCAGAGGAAGACAAACACAUUUGUGCAACACAUGGCAACAAGCCCCAGCAAAACUCUCUGAGCGAAGGCAGCAACAAGGAAGGCGAGGAGACCGAAUCCAGCACUACAGACGCACCAGGGAAGCCAAAGACCUCAGAGGAACCUGAGGCCCACCCCGGCAGCGAAGAGGGGGCGUCAGAGGACAAAGAGAGCGUCCCAGAGGGAGCCAUGGAGGAGGGAACCAGCGACAGCAACACGGGUUCAGAAACCACCUCCGCUCAAACGGAAGACGCCACGACUAGCGAGCCAUCAGAGGGGCCCAGCAGGGCGCGAGCAGCCCACUGAGUCCGGCAGCGGGCUGCGUGUGAACUGUCAGGCUGUUGGCCGGGCUGCUGCACUCUGACGAUUACAGAUAUUGCACAGUGUCAUCUCAGUUGUCAAAGCAUAUGAAGAGCAUUCAGAUGGGCUCGAUGUUUAACAAGCCUGAGGCCGAGUUCGAACACUAAGGCUCGCAGACACACUCUGAAAAAAAGAAAAGAAAAGAAAAAAACCUGCACUGGAAGCCGACAAAGCAAUGAUAAAAUCAAUGGCUGCUAAAUGUGCCACAGAAGCCCAUGUGAAAGCACUAUGUAUUCUCUCCACAGACUGCGUUGCCAUUUGGAAGAACCCAUACACGCCCUCUUCAGCACAUACUGAAACAUAUCUUUAGCACUCUCUAUGGCAGAAUCCUGACUGUCUCAAUUCGACGUCACACGAAACAAACAUUGCUCAGUGUUAUAUUGAACUUUGUAUUGUUGUGUCAUUGUUGCUUUUCUUGUUGUUUUUGCAUGUUUUUUAAAAUGAGCUGUAAAGAGUGGAGCCAAGUGACCAUCUCCUCGGCAGGAGAAUAUUUGUUUACUCUCUGUAUCAGUAUUACAGUGGCAGUAUUGUCUCAGGAGUUCGUAGUCAUUUAGUAGUAGCUAUUUUUGUUAUUUAUUAUCAGCUUUUUUUAAAUUAUAUUUGUGUAUCGGUUGUCCUGGGGCCGGCCCAGUCCAUCCGUGAGUAUAUCACAUGAUCAUCAAUGCUGUACAAUGCUCAACUACCAGUGUUCUCAAGUUUGCUUGCUGUCAAUCAAAUCAAAAGCAGUAUGCUUAGAACAUUUGUGUGUUAAGAUCAUUAUUGUGGUUUUCAACAGAAAGCCUUUAAAUGUACCGUAAUUGUGUACACAGUGUAACGAGGUUUGCUUAAACAUGGAUUUUCAUAAAAAGCUUGAAGAACAUUCAUAAACAUGCAGUCUUAAAAUGAAUUUCCUUUUGCAUAUUUAUACCAAUAAAACUUUUCUACCCUGAAGGAAA